AUGGGUGCGUCGCGCGGUCACGCUGUUGGAUCUGCUGUCACGAGCCUUAUCCAAGCCGCGGAGUGGAGGCUAGAGAAUUAGAACGGACAUAAAUUAUACAGCAUAUUUUAUCAACCAACUUUAGUGCGUGAUAAAGAGAGCCGGGCUAUCAUUUCAUAUCGCUGGUUGGCUAUUAAGACCGUCUACUGUGCUAUUCCGGUCAACUGGUGAUGUAUUCCAGUAUUUGAAUGAUAUUGCUAGCCAGCUAGCUAGCUAGCUGUUAAGCUAGCUUUGCGGUGCUUGUAACUUAACGUUAUAUUCUCGGGCGUUGUUUUCAUUAACAUAUCUGACUGCAUUUACCUGAGAGACAUCCGAACAGCUGGUGGUCUUAACCUCAGUAUAUUGUUACUCUAGGUGUUGUGCGCGUUGCUUCUAAUCCUAGCUAAAUAGGGAUUGAAUGAAAUAACGUUAGCUUGCCAUAGCCAGCGGAAACGAGCCAGUUAACAGGGAUAACGUUAACUUAUCCUGCUGCUGGUUGAUCCACCGCCAUCCAGCUAAUCUAGCAAAUGCGAUCCGAGCUAGCCACCCACAAGCAUACAGUUACCUUGGUAGGCAACAGUCAAUCUUAAAGUUGUAGUGAACGGCAGGAACUGCGAAGUAGCUAGCUACCACUGAACGUCAAGUUGGCCAUCUUCCACUCCAGUCCAGUGUUAAAAGCUGACCGACGUCAGUUCAUUUUUACGGAUAAGGCCGGAGUGAGGACAGAAACCUGCAAAAAUGCCGGCUGUGUCGAAAGGAGAUGGAAUGCGCGGAUUAGCCGUUUUCAUUUCGGACAUUAGAAACUGUAAGAGCAAGGAAGCUGAGAUCAAGCGGAUUAAUAAAGAGCUGGCCAACAUUCGCUCCAAGUUUAAAGGGGACAAGGCUCUUGAUGGCUACAGCAAGAAGAAAUACGUCUGUAAGCUGCUCUUCAUCUUCCUGCUCGGCCAUGACAUUGACUUUGGACACAUGGAGGCAGUCAACCUGCUGAGCUCCAAUAAGUACACAGAGAAACAGAUUGGCUACCUAUUCAUCUCAGUACUGGUGAACAGCAACAGUGAGCUUAUACGUCUGAUUAACAAUGCCAUCAAGAAUGACCUGUCCAGCCGCAACCCCACCUUCAUGUGCCUGGCGCUGCACUGUAUCGCGAAUGUGGGAAGCCGCGAGAUGGCUGAAGCCUUUGCUAGUGAGAUCCCUCGGAUCCUGGUUGCUGGUGAUACCAUGGACAGUGUGAAACAGUCAGCUGCUCUGUGUCUGCUGCGGCUCUAUAAGACCUCUCCUGAUUUGGUGCUGAUGGGUGAGUGGACAUCCCGCGUGGUACACCUGCUUAACGACCAACACAUGGGUGUGGUUACAGCAGCCAUCUCUCUCAUCACCUGUCUGAGUCAGAAGAAUCCAGAUGAGUUCAAGACCUGUGUUUCCCUGGCCGUUUCCCGACUUAGUAGGAUUGUGUCGUCGGCCUCCACUGACUUACAGGAUUACACCUACUAUUUUGUCCCUGCACCGUGGCUCUCCUGCAAGCUGCUGCGCCUGUUGCAGUGCUAUCCUCCACCAGAAGAUGGUGCCGUCAAGGGCCGUUUGGUAGAGUGUCUGGAAACCAUCCUUAAUAAGGCCCAGGAGCCACCGAAGUCCAAGAAGGUGCAGCAUUCCAAUGCCAAGAAUGCUAUCUUGUUUGAGGCUAUCUCACUGAUAAUCCACUACGACAGUGAGCCAAACCUGCUGGUACGGGCCUGUAAUCAGCUGGGCCAGUUCCUGCAGCACAGAGAGACUAACCUGCGCUACCUGGCUCUGGAGAGCAUGUGUACUCUGGCCAGCUCUGAGUUUUCCCAUGAAGCCGUCAAGACACACAUCGAGACCGUCAUCAACGCCCUCAAGACGGAGAGGGAUGUAAGUGUUCGACAGAGGGCAGCUGAUCUGCUGUAUGCCAUGUGUGAUCGGAGCAACGCCAAGCAGAUUGUAGCCGAGAUGCUCAGCUACCUUGAGACGGCAGACUACUCCAUCAGAGAGGAGAUGGUGCUGAAAGUGGCCAUACUUGCAGAGAAGUAUGCUGUGGAUUAUUCCUGGUACGUGGACACCAUUCUUAACCUCAUCCGCAUUGCUGGAGACUAUGUCAGCGAAGAGGUGUGGUAUCGCGUCAUUCAGAUAGUCAUCAACCGAGAUGAUGUGCAGGGCUACGCCGCCAAGACAGUCUUUGAGGCCCUGCAGGCACCUGCCUGCCAUGAGAACAUGGUGAAGGUUGGAGGCUACAUUUUGGGAGAGUUUGGUAACCUCAUUGCUGGUGACCCGCGCUCCAGUCCCCUGGUCCAGUUCAACCUUCUCCACUCCAAGUUCCAUCUGUGCUCUGUGCCGACUCGCGCCCUGCUGCUGUCAGCAUACAUCAAGUUUAUCAACCUGUUCCCAGAGACCAAGGCUACCAUCCAAGAGGUGCUGCGCUGCGACAGCCAGAUCCGCAAUUCGGAUGUGGAGUUGCAGCAGCGUGCUGUAGAGUAUCUCAAGCUCUCGUCCAUCGCUAGUACCGAUGUUCUGGCCACUGUCCUGGAGGAGAUGCCUCCCUUCCCAGAGAGGGAGUCGUCAAUCCUGGCUAAGUUGAAGAAGAAGAAGGGGCCCGGUGCUGUGUCUGUGACAGAGCUGGAAGACAGCAAAAGGGAGGGCGGGGAGUUAAAUGGAGGGGGCGACCGGGGGCCAGACACAGCAGCAAUGGCUGCCUCCAAUGCUUCCACCCCAUCACCAUCAGCAGACCUUCUCGGGAUUCGUUCUGCUGCUCCCGCCAGUGCCGCCCCAACCAGUGCUGGCAGCCUAUUGGUGGAUGUGUUCUCUGAGGCAGGUCCUGCUGCUCCUUCUGCUGCUGUGAACGACGAUGGCUUCUUAAGCUCUGCUCCUCCCUCUGAGGAUCCUGCUCCUCCCCUGUCUGAGGCAGACGAACUUCUUAACAAGUUUGUGUGCAAGAACAACGGGGUUCUGUUUGAGAAUCAGCUGCUGCAGAUUGGCAUCAAGUCAGAGUAUCGUCAGAAUCUGGGGAGAAUGUACUUAUUUUACGGUAACAAGACGUCAGUGCAGUUUGCCAGCUUCACCACCACAGUCAGCUGUCCUGGAGAGCUGCAGACUCAGCUCAACGUUCAGACCAAACCAGUGGAACCACUGGUAGAGGGUGGAGCCCAAAUCCAGCAGGUCCUCAACAUAGAGUGUCUGACUGACUUCUCUGAUGCCCCGCUGCUUAACAUCAAAUUCAGAUAUGGUGGAGCGCUGCAGAAUCUGACCCUGAAGCUGCCUGUCACUAUCAACAAGUUCUUCCAGCCAACUGAGAUGUCCUCACAUGACUUCUUCCAGCGCUGGAAACAGCUUAGCCAGCCUCAGCAAGAAGCACAAAAGAUAUUCAAGGCUAACCACAGCAUGGACACUGAAGUACUUAAGGCUAAGCUACUGGGACUAGGAACGGCCCUGCUGGACAACGUUGAUCCAAACCCAGAGAACUACGUGUGUGCUGGAGUGAUCCAGACUAAAGGCCAGCAGGUCGGCUGUCUGCUAAGACUGGAGCCAAAUGCCCAGGCACAGAUGUACCGGCUGACUCUCCGCUGCAGCAAGGACUCUGUGUCCAGGCGUCUCUGCGAGUUGCUGGCCCAGCAGUUCUAGAGUCCAGACCUCUACCGUAACCAGUACUCCCACCAUCCCCACGAGCGACCUCUCCCUCAAGCCCUUCUGCCACACCUCUCCUCCCUCCAACAGAGAAUCUUUGAGUAAAAAACGGUGUAAUCUACAUAAGGGAAAAAGCAGCCACUGCAAACAGCAGCAGUGAUAUUCUUGUCAUUCUUAUUGUCCCAGAUUCAGAUUCCAAUUCAUCUUCUACGUGUUUAUUAACAUGAUGCUACAUUCUUGUUUUUGUUGGUGUUUACCUGUGUAGCUGGUGCCUGCAUGGCCUGGUGUGUGUGUGUGUGUGUGUGUGUGUGUGUGUGUGUGUGUGUGUGUGUGUGUGUGUGUGUGUGUGUGUGUGUGUGUGAGAGAGUCCCAUGGUUGUACUGGGGUCCCAUUCUGCUCCAUCCUGACUGUUCCAUAGUACUGUUGGUGUGUGUGUGUGUGUGUGUGUGUGUGUGUGUGAGAGAGAGAUAGAGAGGGAGAGAGAGGCUUAUUUUGGAUUGGAAUAGCAAUGGGUGACACUGUCUAUUACACACAUACCCUGAUACACACACAUAUACACAUUGGUAUAAGGCCUCCGUGAUUUUUUGUGGUUCUGGUGGGAUCCACAAAUGAAGUGAGACCUGAGGGUCCAGAACUCUGAUCUCUGCCUCUUCUGCCUGCCCAUUUCCGUCUACCAUUCCCAGUCAAAAUGCACUUAAGGCCCUUGGAUCUUCUUUGAGACCCUCCAGCAUGAGCCACCUUACGUUCCCCCCUGAAUGACCUGAUUCCUCUCCUGAAGCCCUGUAAGGAGUAGCCUUUCAUCUCAAACAGCUAGUCCACUCGUUUAUAUUUUGAUGUGUAUGUAAAUAUGUGCCAGUGUAUUCUGUAUUGCUUUCUGAGACAUUCCCAUCAUGCUUGUGUAGAGUGCCCGUGACUAACCCAGGCCAUUCAAGUAGAGGGAUAGUACAGAAUGGACACUAUGUAGGUGAUGGGUACAGGGAUGAGACUUACAGUGUUAAAACAGUCUUUUAGAUCUUGGAGUCGGUCUCAUCCAGUGCCUGGGAGACGUUUCCAGGUGCUUGUCAUUGAAAAGCUAAAGGCAGUGUCUGUUAGAUGCUCUUUAUUGGAGGUGAGGAAGUUUAUCAGAUGUAGUCUUUGCAAGUCAACCCCAUAGUUCUUCAUCACUGUGGUCUUCUCAUGUAAAACUCUUUUUGAAAACACAUCUGAUAAAACAUAAAUCUAACCUUUGUGCGGCCCAUCUGAGGAGGUUUACAAGUUCAUCAUGUUCAACGGUGGAAUCUGUUUUUUUAUUGUAAAUGUUUUCAAGCAGCAUGCUUUAGUUUGACAAGAGAGAAGAAUUCACUGCUGAUGACUCACUGGUUAUUUGGCCAAAGGGUCAAAGGGAUAGUUGAGAUUUUGCCCCCAGUUUGGAGAAGAAGGCUGGAGUCCAACACCAAAGCUAAGCAAUGUACUGCUGCGGAGGGUUCAGCAACAAAACAUUUUAGCCACCAAAAAAAGCAAUAUCAGUUUGAGUGUAUGCUUCAUCUAGAAUAAUUUUACUGUUUUUCCUCUGUCAGGGAGGGAUUUCAACAGGAAAAUGAAGAUAAUAUAUUGCUCUCUUCAAAGCCAGACUCCAUUGAGGAAAAAAAAGAGGGAUUAACAUUGCUGAACACAGGAGCUGCUGGUCCACCACCGCCUCAAACUGUUAUUUUCUUUGUGAUACUGUGUGAAUUUGGUGUUUUAAAGAGUUACUUCAGAUUCACCAAAGUCACACAGUGACACUUAAAACAGUAAAUUACUGUUUUCUCAGUGGAGUUAAUGGCUUCCCUAUCAGAACAGCCUGUCUGAUGAAAAGAUAAAUAGGUGAAAAUUCUAAAUAUAGUGUUGCUAAAUCUGAUAUUGAUUUUUCUAUGUGGCUAAAAUAGGUUUUGUUGCUGGCCCCUCCACAGCUGUACAUUGCUGAGCUUCCAUGUCAGACUCUAGCCUGCUCCUCCAAACUGGGGCCAUACUGACAGACAUCUGCUGUAUAUAAUACAUGGGUUAGUGACUGACUCAUGCAUCCCCACUUUUAAGAAAUCCAAACUAUCCCUUUAAGUUGCCCACCUCUGAUAAAGAACAAUGUUCAGCUGCUUUGACUAUGGAUGACUGUAUCUCAGAGCCAUCAUGGCUCCACAGGACCCUGGGACUGGUUUGGGCUGCUGCUUUGCUGUCUGUAUUUGUCAAAUUGAUUUUCUUGAUGAAGAAGCGCACUGCCUGAUCUAUGAUUAGAACAUAGCACUGAUAGAUGCACCAUAAUCACUUGAAGGAUAUAACUGUUUUGUAGUCAGGCAGUUAUGCUCUGAACAGAUGAUGCUGCAGCAGCUAAAUCCAGAACCAACAUAUAUCUGAGCUAGUUCCAUCCCAGUCUGGACACACAUCAGUCUAAUAUAUGUAUGUAUACGGUCUUGUUCCUGCUUCUACAGCCAAGCAUUUAAAGAGUAGAUCAAUGCCAACAAAUCAAAUGUGUACACAACCACUACAGUAAAUAUUUAGAGAACACAGAGAUGUUCAGUAACCUCAAAAUGUUUGGAUUUGUGCGUCCACAGCUUUCUCAUGCUUUCCGGGUUUCCUCUCACGCACAAGCACUGAUAUUGUGGGAGAGGACAGGAUGUAAGACACCCAGAUGUCCAUUACAACUACAGGGGACUCAGUGUAUAUGUGUGUGUGAAUGUGAGUGUGGCUGUAAGCAGGUUAACAAAAAAAAAAAAAAAAAAAAAAAAGCUUAAAGGCAUUUCUUAUACAUCGUCACAUUACAUUCUGUGGCUGCACGGCAAUCACAGGACAUUGAACUUUGUAGUGGAAAAUGUAGUCAUUUUGUCAUUCUGUGAGUGUGUGUGUGUGUGUGUGUGUGUGUGUGUGUGUAUGCAGUAUCCACUAGCUAAUGCAGCCUCAUGUAUCGGUGUUAAGAACCUGUCCAAUACCUGUGUUAGAAUUAAGAUUUACUCUGUAAUGAAGAAAUGUGAAAGUAAAACUAUGCCAUAUAUCCGA